UCUGACACACAGGUUUACCGUCUGAAGGUGUAGGUGUGGUUCUUCUGGGUUGAUAGAUCAGUCAUACUGCACCAUGGUCGACUCAGGUAAGAGCGUGAAUAAAGACAUGAAGGUGUUUGUGGUGGACAGCCAGGCGCUCCCGCCUCCGGUGUCUGUGAGGAAGGACGGCCCGCAGCUCUCCGUCAUGUACCUGCUGCUGGCCGUGGCUCUGCUGGGGGUCUUCAUCGAGGCUGGGCUCAUCUUGCAUCUCUACAGCAGGCCCGCGGUGAGUCCUCAUGCAUGUGUGUUCCAUGCAGCUCAUAUAGAUAUUAGUUAUGCUCAGUUAACCCUCUGGAGGUCUUUGAUCUCUUUAGAUCAUAAAGUCAUGCUGGAGAUUCUAGCCGUCAGGUUUAGUUCAUGUAGUUCUGGAGACAUCCGCAUCAUCAUCAGAUAUCCAGAAAGGGGGGCAUAUGAAAGACGAGAAGCACACGCUUCCCAGCAGUUCACAUGGUUGGUAAACACUCACACAUUCAGAGGAUUGAAGAUGGGUUCAGUGUUCAUUCGGCUUGUUUUCUCAACAGAUUCCAAUGAAGUUUUGCCUGAAAAACCUCCCAAAGCUGAGAGCAAACCAGCUGCAUUUCUGCAAAUUGCUUCGCCUCCGUUCAGUCGGAACGGCGUUCUGCCCUGGAGAUAUGACAGCUUCACGGUGUUCUUGAGGGGUCUGGGAUACAAGAACAAUAGCCUGCACAUCCAGCAGGACGGAUACUAUUACAUCUUCUCCAAGAUCUCUCACAUGGAGAACUGCAACUUCUUCAAGCACCAGGUGAUGCAGAGGACAGAGAGGUACAACUCCAAGGCCAUCGAGCUGAUGCAGAGCUCCAGGUUCAUCUGCGUGACCAAUUUAUCCCAAUCGAGGGGCAACAGCUACCUGGGAGGCAUCUUCCAUCUGCUUAAAGGAGACAGUGUGUUCGUAAUGGUCAGUAACAGCUCGCAGGUGCACGGAGACGUCUACGAGAACUUCUUUGGGGCCUUCAUGGUCUAAAUACGGACACACUGCUGCAAGAACGUCUCACACACACCCUCAGGUAUAUCAAUAUAUUUAGUGUGAGUAUGGCUGACUCCUGAGCCUCGGAUCCGAUGCCAUUUCUCUGUAAGUUUUACGAUGAGUUAGAGGCCCAUUCUCAGGAAACCAUUUGAAAGGAAAUAUAUUUCUAAUCACUUGUUUUUAAGUAUUUGUACUAUUUAAGAAAUCAUGUUUAAAAUGCUUGUAAAUUUGUUACUGUCAUCUAUCCUUUAUCUAUUAUAAGCUGAUGACAAUUUAUAUACUGUACAUAAACUCACCUAAAGGAUUAUUAGGAACACCUGUUC